CAUCAAUAUCAAAAACAGAUUCUUCUCACUAUAUUGGCAUCACCCUUUAAGAUCCUCUCUCUUUGACAUGGAAAAAGCUUCAAGCCCUGAAAAAUGGCGAGCCAAAGUGUCAACUACGCUCACAAAGGCAAAGCCUGACCAAAUUUGGCUUCUCUUCACCGAUUUCUUCAACCUCCACAAGUGGCUUCCAACGCUCGUCACGUGUCACGGCGUCCACGGCAACAACGGUGAGCCCGGCUGCAUCAGAUUCUGCUCUAGCUCCGCCAUACGAUCCAACGGUGUAGAAUCUGCCGCGGGAUGGUCGAAGGAAAAGCUGGUGGCCGUUGAUCCUGUGGAACGUGUGAUGAGAUACGAGAUAGUGGAGAGUAACAUUGGAUUCGAAUCCUACGUUUCGACGGUGAAGAUAUCGCCACGUGGUGAAGAUGGAGACGUUGAUGGUUGCGUGAUAGAGUGGAGUUUCACCGUUGAUCCAGUGAGAGGAUUGUCUUUAGAUGAUUUGGUGAUGAAGUAUGAGAAAGCACUAGAGGUAAUCACCAAGAACAUGGAAGAAGAGGCUUUGACAAGAAGAGAGUCUUCUUAGAAAUGUUGUUGAUACGCUCAUAUCGCAAAUAUGCUUUUAACAAAACCCUUUUAAGAUUUGGGUGAAUUUGUAAGAUGAUAGAGCAUAAACAAAAAAAUAUGGCACAUGUAUGAGUAAAACGAGGGGUUAUUGUUUAAAUGGGCACUUGUUGGGCCUAAUAUUUGAGAA